AUGACCAGUCUGAAGCGGUCUCAGACGGAGCGUUCGGUGGGCGGCUCGGUCCCUGCCUCUGAUGAAUUCUACACCCGUCGCCUGCGCCUCCCCAAUGGUGGCGCCCCCCCACCUCGCUCCGAGAGCACCCACCUCACCUCCUCUUCCUCGUCCGGCUCCUCUUCCUCCUCCAAUCCGGGGGUUCCCAAGAUGGGGGUCAGGGCCCGCGUGGCGGACUGGCCCCCCAAACGGGAUGGAACGGGCGGGGUGUGGCACAUCACCGUAGAUACGGACUCCCCGAGUUCCACCAUGUCAUCUUCAGGUGGUGGAGAAUGUGGGUCGGGUGGAGAACGCGGGUCGGGCGGAAGCGGAGAAAGAGAACGAGAACGGAGCUCGGGGUCAGGUUCAGGCUCAGCGACUACGGCCCAUAGCAACCUGUCGGCUAAACUGGGCCACCUGAUCAGUCCUCAGGACUCUUCGAUGCUCCGGAACAUUCACAACACCCUGAAGAGCAAGAUGCACCACAGCAAACACCACAGCAAAGACAACCGCUAUCUGUCACCGGACGGCUACCAGGGCUCGCCACGUAAAGGCAUGAGGCGUAUCCGCCAGCGCAGCAACAGCGACAUCACUAUCUCUGAGUUAGAGGGUGACGGGGGCGAGGGCUGGUCCUUCUCUGGCUGGACCCCCAUGCACCGAGAGUACGGCAGCACCUCGUCCAUAGACAAACACGCAGGCUCAGGGGAGAGCUUCUUCGAUAUGCUCAAGGUAUUUUAUUGAUUGAUUCAUUAAUUGAUUGAUUGAUUUAAUGUAAAACAAUUAGUACAGUUUAAAAAAUAAUACAAAAAAUAGAAUUCCAGAGUAUGACACAUGAAAGUGUUGAAUGCACUUAUUGUAUUUAUUUUAAAUGUGUCAAAUAAACUUCAUUCGUUCAAGGGCUAUACGUCCCAGGAGGCUCCUGAUCAACGCAGCCCGGCGCCGGACAGACUCGGCGAGCUGCUGACGGUGGCCCCGCACAAACAGGCUGCCCUGGAUCUGCCUGAUGGACCCCUGGGUCCUACCAGAGGUAGCCCCGCCAGUCGCCUGAAGGAAAGGGAGAAACACCUGAAGAGGAGGUCCAAGGUACUGCACAUGAACCUUUUUACUAUCUUCUCAUUAAUAAUAAUAAUCAUGUAUUAAACUUCUAUAGCGCUUUUGAUAACAGAAGAAAAUCUCAAAGCAAAAAACAAACAAGCAAUGCAUCAUCAUGAGUAGCCUAGCUAUAGCUAGCUAGGUCAACCAAUAGUGGCCAAGUCUUUGAGUGCAUGCAUCCUCCAAAGAUGGAGAGGGGACGGCUCAUUGGCUUGAUCUUGGAACCAGCCUGAGUUGUGCAACCGCUGGACUUCUGCUUCACAAUGUGUGGCACCCACUUGUGUGAUACCUCAGCAGCUCUGGGCGCCAGAAAGCUCACCACACACAGUUCAGAGUAGUAGUCAGUCGUGCUCAUUACGAGCCCUCUGCCUCAACACUGCAUUCCUCUACUGCAUCUCCCAUUCCUCUCAAACUUCAGGUGACAAACAAUGUUCUCAGAAGAUCAGGAACAAGCAACCAUGUUAAAAAAAAGCUGGUACUGUGUCCAGAUGCAUCAUUUAAACAAAAGCAUUAGCUAGCUAGCUAUUGAUAGAUCGUAUUUAUCUUGUCUGUAAUUGUGACCCACCACCUGGAUUGGGUCCUAUGUAGCAAAAUUUGAAAUUGUGUUUUUUUGGAUAAAACUAGAGACUCAGAAGGGAGUAAAUGGUAUAUCAUACACUGCAGUUGAAGAACAAAGGGAAUGUAAUACUGCUUUGAAAGAUAAACUUGUAACCUCACUUUUGAGAAAAUGUUCCAUGAAUGUUUUGGUAUACCUACUGGAGAGCUCUUUUUUGUUCACACCCUCUUAAGCCUUAGCCCCACCCAUCUCUUUAAGGAUUCAUAUGUGAGGCCAUGUGCUAAACAGAGUGAAUAAGGUAGUGUAGUAAACAACCAAAGAUUAAAAGUGGUGAAAGUAAUAGCAGAAAGUAGAGGUAAAAAUACACUUGAUCUAGUCCUUGGCCUAUAUCCUAAUUUGACUUUGGUGCAGGUCAUGUUGUUCUUCACAUUACCGUCUCUGGUAAACACACACUAUAGCAAAUAAAAUCAAAGUUUAUUCGUCAAAUGCUCAGGAUACAGAAGGUGUAAAAGGUACAGUGAAAUGGUUACAUAGUGGAGUCUUUUGUUUAGACGUAGCUAGCUAGAUAAACAAUGAACCAUAAUCCCAACUCAUACUACCAUGCACCAUGCAUUAAUCUGCAGGUAGCUAAAGCUAACCCAACAAGGUUCAAUGUUAGCUAGCUAGCUAACAGUACGCUUUAACUUGCAAUGAAAAUGACUUUCUGACUAAAUGAGAAAUGUAUAAUAUCUGAAAAUUGCUCUUACCCGUAUACAUGGAUGAACGCUUCUCCCUCUCUGUCACGGAUGCCAUGAUUGCCCUUAGUUUGAAGAUGUAAUCCAGAGACAGGUGUUUAUAAAAUAGCCUUCUGUGUUCUCUUUUCGACUCUCUCCGCAUUUGGCAAUCAUCUCUCUGCUUCCACCGGGCAUUCCACUGAUUUUAAAACUCGGUCAACUUCUUCUGUGACAACAACACUGUUGAUCUCCGUUUCUUCCCCAUCACUGUCAUCAGAAGACUCUACAAUGUCUGGUUCAAUGAAAAUGUUUUUGCCUAAAUCAGGAAUUUCUUCAUCGUCUGAUUUCUUUUCAUCGUCCUCCAGAAAGUAGUCCAUCACAACUUUUUCACACUGAUCUUUGUCGAUAGCGCCUGUUAACUUCAGGGCAGCGAUGUUGAGAGCAGUAGCAACACUUUUUCAGUUCUUCAUGAUAUCUUUCAAAAAAAGCUGCGGUAGACAGGAUUAUCUACACAUACUGAGCAGCUCAUGUUAUAGACAGAAGCAUGCUACAUGGCAGACCAAUCGGAACUCAUCUCUCGGCAUGUCCAGCCCAUUCCAUUAUCUCAGCUAAUCAUAGCUAGCGGAAAGGUUCCUGUAUUUGCCCGUGGCUAAACCAACUAGACUCGUAAUUUUAACAAUUGUGUUCGUAUUUAAAGAUGGCAUACAAUUUUGUUAUUAAUGCGAAUGAAAGUUCAUGUUCCAGAAGACAUUUCUGCCCAAAAAACACAUUUUGAUUUAUUUUUUUUUACGUUAAUGCUCUCCUGUAAAGGAGCGAUGUGCGACAUCUUAGGCCUAGCUUCUUGAAACGGGUCACAAUUGUCCCGUGUCUAUGCUUGAUACGUUUAUUUUUUAAAUACUUUUUUAUUAUGAGUCUGUACAUUACACCAAUAUUACAUUUUAAUCAAUGAUUGUUUCGUGCAUACAUUGGUAAUGUUUUUAAUGUGUGCACAGUGAUGCAAAAAAAAAAAUAAUCCCUAUGGGGAUAAUAAAGUCAUGAUCUUAUCUUAUUCCAGUCGGAGACGGGAGGGGAGUCCAUCUUCAGGAAGCUCCGCAGCGUCAAGGCCGAGGGUGACUCGUCCCGGGCUGGGUCUGACGUGGAGGAUGUGGGGCGGGAGGAUGUCAGCGGCCCCCCUCCCAAACCCUGGUCCUGUCAGAAAGGCUUUGCUCACUUUGACGUACAGAGUAUCCUCUUCGACCUCAACGAGGCUAUCCAGGGUCGACAGUCCGGCGGGAAACGCAAGAACACCACCACGGGCGCCUCCGCUGCGGCCGCCGCCUCAGCCUCCGCCACUUCCUCGCUCUCGUCCAAUCAGAGUGGGGUAUACGGCGGCGGCGGCUCUCCGUGCGGGUCCCAGGAGGAGCUGAGUGGGAAGGAGGGGGGUCCGGGACAGGGAGGGGGACACACCACUAACCCUGCCCUGGACCCUGGUGAUGAGAAGAGCAACGAUCUGGUGCUUAACUGCCCUUGUUUCAGGAAUGAACUGGGAGGAGAGGGAGAGAGGAACAUUGGCCUCUCUAAACGGGUAGGAGGAGGAGAACACAUUAUACACACAGAAAGACAUACACACAAUACACACCCAGUGUUGUCAUGGUACCAGUUUUUCCUUCACAAAGAAACCCCUACAAAGCCGACUAAACACUAUGGUCCUUUAAAAACGUACUUUAUGUAAAAUAUUGUGUGCUACAGCACGCAAUCUAAACAAUUGUGACUGGGUGAUAACAUAAGAUUGUUUUGUCUGACAUUAUGACUGUUUUCCUCCUUUCCUUCCUUACGGCCAGGAAUCGCGAUACUAACAUCGUUACCACCAUUGUACACACACAUUAAUGCAUAAUAUAUACACUAUACACUCACCGGCCAGUUUAUUAGGUACACCACCCCGUUCACGAAAAUGGUUCGCUCCUACAGACAGUGUGGCCGUGGCUUGCUAUACGGCCAUUGAUGCAUUCAGUUACUGUUCUAUUUAAUGUUAGAAUGGGCAAAACGAGUGACCUAAGCGACUUUGAUUGUAGGUGCCAGGCGCGCCGGUUCCAGUAUCUUAGAAACAUCCGGCCUCCUGGGCUUUUCACGCACGACAGUGUCUAGGGUUUACCGAGAAUGGUGCGACAAACAAAAAAACAUCCAGUCAGCGGCAGUCCUGUGGGCAAAAACAGUUUGUUGAUGAGAGGUCGAAGGAGAAUGGCAAGAAUCGUGCAAGCUAACAAGAGGGAAACAAACAGGCAAAUAACGGCGCAGUACAACAGUGCUGUGCAGAACGGCAUCUCGGAACAUACAACUCGUCUGUCCUUGUAACGGAUGGGCUAUUGCAGCAGACGACCACACCGGGUUCCACUCCUAUCAGCUAAAAACAAGAAGAAGCGGCUCCAGUGGGGCACGCCAUCAUCAACACUGCACAAUUGAGGAUUGGAAAAACAUUGCCUGGUCCGACGAAUCCCGGUUUCUGUUGCGUCAUGCUGAUGGCAGAGUGAGUCCGUGGCCCCAUCCUGCCUGGUGUCAACGGUACAGGCUGGUGGCAGUGGUGUAAUGGUGUGGGGAAUAUUUUCCUGGAACACGUUAGGUCCCUUGAUACCAAUUGAGCAACGUUUCCAUGCCCCAAAGACUGUUCUGGAGGCAAAGGGGGUCCGACCCAGUACUAGAUGGGGUUUACCUAAUAAACUGGCCAGUGACUAUAUACACUCACACACAUGCAGACUGACUCGCUCUAUACACUUGCACAUUUCCAUUACCUAUUUUGAGUAUUACGAUAAGUCAAAUUUGAUGCAAUGUGAAACAAUCAUCAUUGAUAUUGAACUUAGACAUUACUUUAUCGGACAGUUCAUCUUUCAAACAUGUCAAAAAACACACUUUCUCCCCCUCAAUACCUCCAUACUAACAUUACUCCUCCCUCCCCCCUCUCAGCAGGGUAGUAUAGGCAGCGGGGGCAGCUCCAGUGGCUCUGGGGGAGGAGGUGGCUCAGAGGAGGGGCCCCUGGAGACCUCUCUCCCCCGCUUCACCAACGCCGGGGUGUCCGUGCUGGAGGCCCCUAAAGACGGCCAGGGGCAGCACGCUGAUAGGGCCAAACGGUCUGUGGAGCACUGCGACCUGGGGUCUUAUUACUACAGGAAAUACUUCUAUCUGAGAGGUGAGAGGGAGGGAGAGGUCUGGGGGCUUACUACUACUACUACUACUACUACUACUAUACUACUACUACUACUACUACUACUACUACUACUACUAUACCACUACUACUACUACACUACUACUACUACUACUACUACUACUACUACUACUACUACUACUACUACUACUACUACUACUACUUCUACUACUACACUACUACUACUACUACUACUACUACUACUACUACACUACUACUACUACUACUACCACUACUACCACUACUACUACUACUACUACACUACUACUACUACUACUACUACUACUACUACUACUACUACUACUACACUACUACUACUACUACUACUACUACUACUACUACUACUACUACUACUACUACUACUACUACUACUACUACUACUACUACUACUACUACUACUACUACCUACUACUACUACUACACUACUACUACUACUACUACUACUACACUACUACUACUACUACUACUACUACUACACUACUACUACUACACUACUACUACUACUACUACACUACUACUACUACUACUACUACUACUACUACUACUACUACUACUACUACUACUACUACUACUACACUACUACUACUACUACACUACUACUACUACUACUACUACUACUACUACCUACUACUACUCACUACUACUACUACUACCUACUACUACACUACUACUACUAUACUACUACUACUACUACUACUACUACUACUACUACUACUACUACUACUACUACUACUCUACUACUACACGACACUACUACUACUACUACUAACUAUACUACUACUACACUACUACUACUACUUACCACUACUACUACUCACUACUACUACUACUACUACUACGACUACUACCUACUACACUACUACACUACUACUCUACUACUACUACUACUACCUACCACUACUACUAACUACUACUACUACUACUACUACCACUACCGACCUACUACUACUACUACUACUACUACUACUACUACUCCUACCACUACACUACUACUACUACUACCACUACUACCAACUACUACCACACUACGACUACUACUACUACUACUACUACUGGCUACCACUAACCUACUACCACCACUACUACUACUACCCCCUACUACCACUACACCCCACACUACUAUACUAAAUACCAAAACUCCCACCAAAUACCUCCCACACCCAAAUACUACUCUACACUACCACUAACCCCUCCCCCUACUACUACCCACUACCACUACCACCACUACUAAAUAAAAUACUACUAACCCCCCACUACUACUACUACUACCCCUAAAUACUACUACUUUUAUUACACCCCACCACCACUACUACUCUACCACUAAUUUCUACUACUACACUACUUUAAAAAUUUCUACACCCUUAAAUACUACCACUACUACCACUACUUUAAAUUUCUACUUUACUACUACUAAAACCACCACUACUACUACCCCACCACUACUUACUACCACUACUUACUUACCCCCUACUAAAUACUACAAAACAAAAAAAAACUCCAAAACUACCAAAUACUACUAUACUACCACUUUUCCACUUUCUACUUACUACACCACACUACUACUACUACCACUACCAUAUACCACUAAAACUUUCUACUACUACUACCCACUAAAUAAAUACUACCACUACCCCUAAAUACUACCACUACCACUACUACUACUAUUUCCCUCACUACUAUACCACUUACUACCACUACUAAAUCUAAAACCCCUACUACUACUAAAAUACCAAUACUUACUACUUUCUACCACUUUCUACACUUUAAAAUUAUACUACUAAACCCUUACUACUACUAAAUACCCUUCCCACUACUACCACUAAAUACUACUAUUACCAAAUAACCAAAUCCCCCACUUUCUCCCUUCCCAAAUACACUACACCACUCCCCUUUCUACCAUACCCUUCCCAACUUACUUACCCCACCACUACCUAAAUACCCCUACUAAACCCCCCUUACCCCCACACCAUACUACUACUACCACUACUCCUACUACUACCACUACUACUACUACCACUACUACUACUACUACCACUACUACUACUACUACUACUACUACUACUACUACUACUACUACUACUACUACUACUACUACUUACUACUACUUACUACCUCUUCUUCUAUAGCGGUCUCUAUUCACGCAUUGCUAAGGUUGAGUAGAUAUGACUGUCUGUUGGGAAAAUCUAUUUAUUUUCUCUCUCGUCCAGAGCAUUGGAACUACCUGGGUGUAGAUGAGACUCUGGGCCCAGUAGCAGUGAGUCUGAGGAGAGAGAAGCUGGAGGAACACAAGGAGCAUGGACAGCAGUACAACUACAGGGUCAUCUUCAGAACCAGCGAGGUAAAUAGCUGCAUAUCUAUCAGGGUUGGGGUCCAUUCAUCUUCAGGACCAGCGAGGUAAAUAGCUGCAUAUCUAUCAGGGUUGGGGUCCAUUCAUCUUCAGGACCAGUGAGGUAAAUAGCUGCAUAUCUAUCAGGGUUGGGGUCCAUUCAUCUUCAGGACCAGCGAGGUAAAUAGCUGCAUAUCUAUCAGGGUUGGGGUCCAUUCAUCUUCAGAACCAGCGAGGUAAAUAGCUGCAUAUCUAUCAGGGUUGGGGUCCAUUCAUCUUCAGAACCAGCGAGGUAAAUAGCUGCAUAUCUAUCAGGGUUGGGGUCCAUUCAUCUUCAGAACCAGCGAGGUAAAUAGCUGCAUAUCUAUCAGGGUUGGGGUCCAUUCAUCUUCAGAACCAGUGAGGUAAAUAGCUGCAUGUCUAUCAGGGUUGGGGUCCAUUCAUCUUCAGAACCAGCGAGGUAAAUAGCUGCAUAUCUAUCAGGGUUGGGGUCAAUUCAAAUUGAAGUUAGUCAAUUCAGGAAGUGAUUUUAAUAAAAAAAUAGAAUAACUUUUCACGUAAAUAGCUUCUCCUUUCCAGUUUAUUGACAAGUCAUUGAAAAGAGACACCCUUUUUUCAGUUACUGUAUUGGAAUUUCAGUUUGCUUCCUGAAUUAACUGGCUUCAAUUUGAAUUGACCCCAACCCUGAUAUAUAUGGUCUUCUUCCCUUCUCUCCAGAAGAGCUUCUAACCCUGAUCCCCUUCAGCCUUUCCCCCUCCUCCUCUUUAUCUUCCACAACCCCUUCAUCCCAGCUUCCCUAGCCAAUCAGCUUCUCCGUAGCCGAUGUGAGUAAGACCUGUAAACAGGUUAACAUUCGCAAGGCCGCGGGGCCAGACGGAUUACCAGGAUGCGUACUCAGAGCAUGCGCUGACCAGCUGGCAAGUGUCUUCUCUGACAUUUUCAACCUCUCCCUGACCCAAUCUUUAAUACCUACAUGUUUCAAGCAGACCUCCAUAGUCUUUGUGCCCCAGAACACCAAGGUAACCUGUCUAAAUGACUAUCGCCCCAUAGCACUCACAUCUGUAGCCAUGAAAUGCUUUGAAAGGCUGGUCAUGGCUCACAUCAACACCAUCAUCCCAGACACCAUGGACCCACUCGAAUUCGCAAACUGCCCCAACAGAUCCACACUGCCCUCUCCCACCUGGACAAGAGGAACACCUAUGUGAGAAUGCUGUUCACUGACUACAGCUCAGCGUUCAACACCGUAGUGCCCUCCAAGCUCAUCACUAAGGACCUUGGGGCUGAACCCUUCUCUCUGGAUCCUAGAUCCUGGACUUGCAGACGGGCCGCUCACAGGUGGUGACGGUAGGCAACAACACAUCCGCCACGCUGACCCUCAACACGGGGGCCCCUCAGGAGUGUGUGCUCAGUCCCCUCCUGUACUCCCUGUUCACCUACGACUGCGUGACCGCGCACGACUCCGACACGACGGUGGUAGGCCAGAUCACCGACUACGAUGAGACAGCCUAUAGGGAGGAGGUCAGAGACCUGGCCAGGACAACAACCUCUCCCUCAACAUCAGCAAGACAAAGGAGCUGAACGUGGACUACAGAAAACGGAGGGCCGAGCACGUCCCCAUCCACAUCGACGGGGCUGUAGUGGAGCCGGUCAAGAGCUUAAAGUUAAUCGGUGUCCACAUCACUAAGGAUCUAUCAUGGUCCACACACACCAACACAGUCGCGAAGAAGGCACAACAACGCCUCUUCCCCCUCAGGAGUCUGAAAAUAUUUGGCAUGGGCCCUCAGAUCCUCAAAGUUAUACAGCUGCACCAUUGAGAGUAUCUUGACAAUCAAUCAGCUGCCGAAAUUUCAUGACCGCCACAGCCCUAGUUAUUGACCUUUUCCAUGUCAGAAGUGUCGUGCACGUGUGUUUAAUGAGUCCGCCAGAUGAGAGGCAGUAGGGAUGACCAGGGAUGUUCUGUUGAUAAGUGCUUGACAUGGAACAUUUUCCUGUGUUGCUAAGCAUUCAAAAUGUAAUGAGUACUUUUGGGUGUCAGGGAAAAUGUAUGGAGUAAAAAGUACAAUAUUUUCAUUAGGAAUAUAGUGAAGUAAAAGUAAAGUUGUCAAAAACAUAAAUAGUAAAGUAAAGUACAGAUACCCCAAAAAAACUACUUAAGUAAUACUUAAGUACUUUACACCACAUGAAUUGACUCAGGGGUUGUGAAUACUUAUGUAAAUGAGAUAUUUAUUUUUCAAAACAUUUGCAAAAAUGUCUAAAAACAUGUUUUUCAUGUUGUUAUUGUGUGUAAAUAGUUGAGAGGAAAAAUCUAUUUAAUCCAUUUUGAAUUCAGGCUGUAACGCAACAAAAUGUGGAAUAAGUCAAGGAAUAUGAAUACUUUCUGAAGGCACCGUAUUUACCUCAAUUACCUCGUAUCCCUUUCACAUCGAUUUGGUACUGGUACCCCUUGUAUAUAGCCAAGUUAUCAUCACUCUGUCUGUAUUUAUUAUUACUUUCAUUAUUACCUGUUAUUAUUUCUUUUCUCUCUCUCUAUUUUCUUUCUCUGCAUUGUUGGGAAAAGCCUGUCAGGAAGCCUGUCAGUCUACACCUGUUGUUUACCAAGCAUGUGAUUUAAUAACAUUUGGAUUUGAUUCAACUGCCUUUUCAGUUCCUAUGACCCUGGUAUUAUAUAACCAACAAUGUCAUCCAUCCUGAAAGCCUCCUCUCUACCUCCCUCCGUCCUUCUCUCUACCUCGCUCCUCUUCCUCAGACCCUGCAGUAGCAUAACCGGUCAUUUUCAUCAUCCAACCCUACUUUCCUCCCACUCACAGCCCCUCUGACCAGCAUUCAGAAGGAAGAGACAUAACUACUGUUAGUUUCACAGUAAAAUAGACUGAAAUAGAGCUAAAUUAUUGAAUGUGAGUGGAAGCAAUGCUCUUACAGUUGUAUAACUAAUUUACAGUUAUAGAAUCUGGUUACAUUUAUGGAACCCCUUUAUAGUUAUAGAACUCGGAACCCUGGUUACAGUUCGAAUGUGGUUACACUUAUAGAACCUUUUACAGAUAUAGAGCACUGUUAGUUUUAGAACUUGGUUACAGUUCUAGAACCUGUUUCCAGUUCUAGAACACGGUUACAGUUCUAGAACCUGUUUCCAGUUAUAGGUGGUUACAGUUCUAGAACCUGUUUCCAGUUAUAGGUGGUUACAGUUCUAGAACCUGUUUCCAGUUAUAGAACACGGUUACAGUUCUAGAACCUGUUUCCAGUUAUAGGUGGUUACAGUUCUAGAACCUGUUUCCAGUUAUAGAACACGGUUACAGUUCUAGAACCUGUUUCCAGUUAUAGGUGGUUACAGUUCUAGAACCUGUUUCCAGUUAUAGAACACGGUUACAGUUCUAGAACCUGUUUCCAGUUAUAGGUGGUUACAGUUCUAGAACCCAGUUAGGUGACAGUGAUAGAAACAGAUACAGUAAUGGUGGUCUAAUAUCUACUAAUAGCUGCUCCCAGUAUACCGCCCCCUCCUUUUCUCUCCACCCCUCUUCUCUUCUGCACUCUGCUCGCUGCUAUUGGAAGGUGUGCAGGUGUGUGAGUGAGUGUGUGUGGGUUGAGACAGCGUCACAGUGCUGCUGUGGGUCCUCUCAACCAGCUGAAGUUCAGCCCUGUUAGUUCAUUUAACUCACAGGUCUCGGUCAGAACGUAAAGGACCACUAAGCUACAGUACGCUACAAUACACUUUAUUAUACAUAAUAAUAUGCUGCACAUGUCAACGCCUUUCAACACUCAAUGACACUGUACUGUCUCAGUGACACACACACACACACACACACACAGGGGACUUGACUCAGUGUGUUUACUAUUAAAUAUAAAGUCAAGGUCCCUCUCAUUCUAUUAUUCAUACUGUCCUCCCCCUGAAGUUUUCUUUAGCCUUAGACGGAGUGUGUUAUCCCCUCAGGAAGUUAGUUUUAGCCCUAAGUGCCUCUGUAAGUGAACGAAUUAACAGUGAGGAGAAGCCAAGGCCUCACACACACACACUGGUGUCUUUUUUUCUCUCUCUCUCUCUCUUUCUCUGUCUCUCUCUCUCUCUCUCUCUCUCUCUCUCUCUCUCUCUCUCUCUCUCUCUCUCUCUCUCUCUCUAUCUCUCUCUCUCUCUCUCUCUCUCCUCUCUCUCCUCUCUCUCUCUCUCUCACUUGCUCGUUGUUAUUGUAGUUGUUGACCUCCGAUGACCAUGCAGCAUUAACAGCUGAGAGGAAGAUGUUGGAAGAAAGCUGCUCUGUCUUAGGGAAUGAUAUUAGAUUGGAUAGGUAUUGAUCUGAACAGCCCAGUAUCAUCCUGGCUAUACGUAAUAAUGGAUCUGUCUCUCUUCUCUCUCCUCCCCUCUUCCUCCCUCCAGCUCACCACCCUGCGGGGGUCCAUCCUGGAGGAUGCGGUACCCUCCAGUUCUAAGCACGGCCUGGCGCGGGGCCUGCCCCUCAAAGAGGUGCUAGAUUACCUGGUUCCAGAGCUCAACGCCCACUGUCUCAGACUGGCACUCAACACACCUAAAGUCACAGAGCAGCUGAUGAAGCUGGACGAACAGGGGGUAAGGGGGACAGCACUAAAGGACACACAGACACCCUCUCCUCUCUCGGUUUCUGUCUUGAUGGGAGAAAACCUUUUUAUCUGUCUGGUUGUUGGAUCUGUGGUUGCUCUUGGGGAUGGGGAGGAAGGAGAAAGGGAAGCAUUUUAAUAGUUUUCAAACAGGGACUGUCAUAAACUGUGUUCUCUCUCUCCCUUUCUCUCUCUCCCUCCCUGUCUCCUCACUCCAUCCCUCCAUCUCUCUCUCUCUCUCUCUCGCUCGCUCGCUCGCUCUCCCUCCCUCUCUUUCCCUCUCUGUCUCCCUCCCUCUCUGUCUCCCUCUGUCUCCCUCUGUCUCCCUCUGUCUCCCUCUGUCUCCCUCUGUCUCCCUCUGUCUCCCUCUGUCUCCCUCUGUCUCCCUCUGUGUCUCCCUCUGUGUCUCCCUCUGUGUCUCCCUCUGUGUCUCCCUCUGUGUCUCCCUCUCUGUCUCUCCCUCUUUGUCUCUCCCUCUCUGUCUCUCCCUCUCUGUCUCUCUCCCUCUGUCUCUCUCUCUCCCUCUCUGUCUCUCCCUCUCUGUCUCUCUCCCUCUGUCUCUCUCUCUCUCAAUCUCUUCCUCCUUCUCUCCCUCCCCCUCCCCCUCCCUCCUCUCUCUCUCCCCCUCCCUCCCUCCCCCUCCCUCCCUCCCUCCCCCUCCCUCCCUCCCUCCCUCCCCCUCCCUCCCUCUCUCCCUACCCCUCUCUCUAGUUGAGUUUCCAGUUGAAGGUGGGGGUGAUGUACUGUGCGUCAGGACAGAGCAGUGAAGAGGAUAUGUAUAAUAAUGAUUCAGCAGGUCCUGCUCUGGAGGAGUUCCUACAGCUGCUGGGGGAGAGGGUCCGACUGAAGGGAUUCACCAAGUACCGAGCCCAGCUGGACACCAAGAGUACGCUACUACACCACACACACACAGACACACCAAGUACCGAGCCCAGCUGGACACCAAGAGUACGCUACUACACACACACACACAGACACACCAAGUACCGAGCCCAGCUGGACACCAAGAGUACGUUACUACACUACACACACACAGUACCGAGCCCAGCUGGACACCAAGAGUACGUUACUACACCACACACACACAGACACACCAAGUACCGAGCCCAGCUGGACACCAAGAGUACGUUACUACACUACACACACACAGUACCGAGCCCAGCUGGACACCAAGAGUACGUUACUACACCACACACACACAGACACACCAAGUACCGAGCCCAGCUGGACACCAAGAGUACGUUACUACACCACACACACACAGACACACCAAGUACCGAGCCCAGCUGGACACCAAGAGUAUGUUACUACACACACACACACACACACCGAGCCCAGCUGGACACCAAGAGUACGCUACUACACUACACACACACAGACACACACACACCAAGUACCGAGCCCAGCUGGACACCAAGAGUACGUUACUACACACACACACACACAGACACCAAGUACCGAGCCCAGCUGGACACCAAGAGUAUGUUACUACACACACACACACACACACACACCGAGCCCAGCUGGACACCAAGAGUACGUUACUACACUACACACACACACACACCGAGCCCAGCUGGACACCAAGAGUACGUUACUACACCACACACACACACACAGUAUUAUCUCCCUCUAUCUCUCUCUAAUGCCCAGCUGGACACCAAGAGUACGUUACUACACCACACACACACACACACACACACACACACACUGGUUUGAUUCUAUAUAAAGAGGGGAACAUGCUAGAGCUGGGACAAUAAACCAAAAAUGAUUGACACCGACCGUACCGAUCACUUAUCGCAGUCAUUUUGCUGUUAUUGUUCAUUACGAUAAGUAGCCUAUACUAGAGAAAUGUGACGUUUAUAAUAAAAGAAGUUUGCUAAUAUGAGACAAUUGAUGGCUACAACCAUCAAACUAGUAUUAGUAGCUUGGGCGGUAUCCAGACACACAUCUCCAUCCCGGGAUAUUCAGUAAUACCGACAUUGAACACAAGGGAUGCUGUUUUCAAACACCACUGAGCCUCUGUAAUCAAAUCAAAUCAAAUUGUAUUUGUCACAUGCGCCGAAUACAACAAUGUGUAGCCCUUAAACAAUGCAGUUUUAAGAAAACUAAGUCUUAAGUUAAAAAAAUAGAUAAAUAAGAAGAAAUAACAAAUAAUUAAAGAGCAGCAGUAAAAUAACAGUAGGGAAGCUAUGUAUACAGGGGGGUACCGGUACAGAGUCAAUGUGCUGGGGCACAGGUUAGUCCAGGUAAUUGAGGUAAUAUGUACAUGUGGUUAGAGUUAAAGUGACUAUGCAUAGAUAAUAAACAGAGUGGCAGCAGUGUAAAAGAGGGGGUGGGGUGGGGGUGACAAUGCAAAUAGUCCGGGUAGCCAUUUGAUUAGCUGUUCAGGAGUCUUAUGGCUUGGGGGUAGAAGCUGUUAAGGAGCCUUUUGGACCUAGACUUGGCGCUCCGUUACGCUUGCCGUGUGGUAGCAGAGAGAACAGUCUAUGACUAGGGUGGCUGGAGUCUUUGACAAUUUGUAGGGCCUUCCUCUGACACCGCCUGGUAUAGAGGUCCUGGAUGGCAGGAAGCUUGGCCCCAGUGAUGUACUGGGCCGUACGCACUGUCCUCUUUAGUGCCUUGCGGUCGGAGGCCGAGCAGUUGCCAUACCAGGCAGUGAUGCAACCAGUCAGGAUGCUCUCUGGUGCAGCUGUAUAACUUUUUGAGGAUCUGAGGAUCCAUGCCAAAUCUUUUCAGUCUCCUGAGGGGGAAUAGGCUUUGUCGUGCCCUCUUCAUGACUGUCUUGGUGUCUUUGGACCAUGAUAGUUUGUUGGUGAUGUGGACAUCAAGGAACUUGAAGCUCUCAACCUGCUCCACUACAGCCCCGUCGAUGAGAAUGGGGGCGUGCUCGGUCCUCCUUUUCCUGUAGUCCACAAUCAAUGCUAACAAGUACAUGUAAAAUCCUAUAGCGAAUGCUAUCUAAAUGCUAAUGAGCAUAUUGUGAACAUUUUAUGCAGUCUCUGACAAACUAUUUCCAGGACAGACAUCCCAGCUCAUAAAGUCAUACAAGUAACUCAAAAUGGCUACUCACAGUUUGCUGCGUACACAAAACAACUAUUAGACAGCAAGGCUUGAUUGCAAGAAGCUAACCACUUAGCUAGAUCAAAACUAUGAAAUAACACAUAUGGAAUCAUGUAGUAACCAGAAAAGUGUUAAACAAAUCCAGGGCUCUGACCACCUAGUAGUAGUUUAAAGGAUAUCUUCUUCUUUUUUUUUUUAAAGUGUGGUGCACAUUAAUGUUAGAAACGUAUCAUUCUAUUUAUUAUUAUCGCAUCAAUUCAGGCAAUUUAUCGCAAUAUGGAUUUUUUCUUACAUAUCACCCAGCUCUAGAACACGCUUUGUAAGCGUCAGACAGACAAUGAAUCAGACAGGCUUUCUCUAGACGUGAUGCUGUUAUACACAGGCCUGGAGAGAUGAUGGAAGUUGGAACAAUAAGACAUCUAAUCAACAUCUGACUGGCAGACAGAGAGAGAAAAAGAAUGAGAGAGGGCAUUUUAUGGGAAAACAAGCGCCGGCGCCCAGUGUCCAAGAGACAUGGGAAGCAGAGUCAAGGAUAGAGAACACAGAGACUUUUGUAGUCCAUAUCUGGGUGGAAAGGACUCUUACAGAGCCACAGAAAGGCUUUCUAUCUGGUCUUUGUUGUUCGUGUUGUCUAAUCUGUUAGUUUUCUCUCUUAGCUGACUUCACUUGGACCCACUCCCUCUACACCACCUAUAAGGGCUAUGAACCUGUCUGUUUCUAACCCUAGUUCAUUAAUGUCUGUUUUCUCUCCUCUGGCUGACUCCACAGGGACCCACUCCCUCUACACCACCUAUAAGGGCUAUGAACCUGUCUGUUUCUAACCCUAGUUCAUUAAUGUCUGUUUUCUCUCGUCUAGCUGACUCCACAGGGACCCACUCCCUCUACACCACCUAUAAGGACUAUGAGGUGAUGUUUCAUGUCUCCACCAUGCUGCCCUACACACCCAACAACAAACAACAGGUAUGGAUAGUUAUUAUUGAGUAGAGAUUUUAUACAGGCCAAAGACUAUCAGAACAAACAAACAAAAUUGUUCAUUAAAGAAAUUAGCAGAAGAGGUAGAAAACUCAAUGAUCAAGUCCGUUAAGACAAUGCUACUGUCUCCACAUUGACUUUUGAUCAUAUCAUCCUUCAAAAUGUCUAAUAAAUAAAUACAAUUACAUGCAUUUUGCAUCAUACCGGCUGUAUUUCUGUAUUUGGAAAUUAUAUAUCUUGAAAACUUGAUUGUUGACAAGCAAAACAUUUUGGGACCAUAUCACCAAUGGACUAAUGAAACAAACACCAAAAGAUUUUCCUUUAACGUUAAGAAAAAACCCUAAUUGAAAAACAUGUUUUUUGUUUUUUUUUCCCCCCACAAAAUUAAAAUCACAGUGCAGUUAUCACAAAACAAAAUGUACAUCAACUUUUCAAUUCACAUUCGCAACGGGAAUGUCACAAGCUGAGAGAGGGUUCGGGUGAUAUAAUAAUAUAAUAAUAUAAUAAUAUAAUAAUAUAAUAAUAAUAAUAUGUUCGGGUGAUGUUCUUGCUUCGCAGCGCAAAAGUGCCGUAAAUGUCACAGUAGCAAAUUAUUAAUUUAUAUACAAUCAACUCUUCAUGCAUAUACCAUAUUACACUCUUAAUUAAGGCAACAAUUCACAAACGUGCAGACAUUUUAAAUGGUUUAAUUUCUCAUCCAUACACUCAUUAAUUUAGCAAGGCAAUAACACAGCCAAGUGGAACAACUGCUAGCUAACUUCCUAACAUCGAGUUAACAAUGUUUGCUUCAUCAAGUAACUUCAGCAUAGGAAAAUGAACAUUUACUCCUCUCAUACGAAUAUAAAAGUACAGUAGUAUUAGCAUACAGUGUCAUUCAUAUUAUAUAGAGCUAGGUAGCAAGCUAAACAAAAUGUCUGCACUCUGCAUCCUCACAUAGCUAACGUUAGUAAAUUAGUAGGCUGAGUUAACUGGCUAGUUAGCUGAAUGCUAACGUCAGCGAACGGUAUCUAGGGUAGGCUUUUUGGCCUACCUUAGAACAAACCAUGCUUCAUUUCAACAAUAUCAUGCAAAUCAUUACAUUUAAAAAAAGCAAAUUGCAACUGAACAAUUCACUGAGCAGUUGAUGGAGUUCCUGCUCGCUUUUGCAUUGGAAUGAAUUACAGUGUUCUGAAAAUCCCUUAAAGCUACGCCGUCAAUACCCGCCUUUUACUGCAAUUUCAGAUAGAAACUCAAUAAUAGGAAGGAUAAUGCCUAUACAUUUCAGUUGUUUCAAAAACAGUGCUCUGCUAUUACGAUUUAUACUGUAUACUUCUCUGCUGUUUUGGUGCCAUCACUACCACCCUGUGAACAGUGUGAAGCCUCUGCUGUUUUGGUGCCCUGGCUACCCCCCUGUGAACAGUGUGAAGCGAACCCGUGCACAUGCGCAGAUACUGUGUGUGACCGUGUGGGAGCUAAGUGAUGCAUCUCGCUCAUCUCAAUAUCCAUAGCCUGUUCAUUGAUGAUAGGCCCCUGCUUUACUGAAGUUGCGAGACAUGGCAAGCCAUGAAAUUGCGAGAGACAGUUAUGCGUAUGAAAACCAUAACUGUCACGCAGAUCAGUAAAAAAUGGUAAGAUAAAUUGGCGUUCCACAUUAAAGGUUUCUGACUCCUCGUGUAGCCUAUUACCGGAAACUUCAGGAGAGUAAUGGCAGAAUCUGCAAAAGCCAGCAGGAGCGGGAGGAGAAUGGUUGGGUCAGGUUACGUUUUUGUCUUCUGCUUAUCUAGCUCUCUGGCUCCCUCUUGAGUCAUUUGUCUUAUUUAAUCAAACAGUAAGCUUUUAAGCAUCAGGCAAGCUCAAUGCAUAUAGCUGAGUUUAUUAAAACACAUAGGGUGUAUCUAUAUAUGGAAAAAUACACGUUUAAAAAUGUCGACCAAUCGAUUGAACAGACGACUUUCGGUCGACCAAGAUUGUUUUUAGUCGGGGACAGACCUACUAUACAGUGCCCCUCCCCUCUCUCCGCCCAUCGCUAUGAAAGAAGCGAGUGUCUGUGUUCUUGGAAGUACGGCAACUAAUCAGUCUCCUCCAUUCCAAAAAUACAGAAUCUUAGGAGUCGUGUCCUAGCUAAAUGUAAUUUUGAGACUAAGAAAUGAGGGUCGACGCCGGAAGUCGACGCGCAAGGACUCGAGGAUUCAAUUAUUUUGGACUCUCCACCACUACGUCAUUGUUGUUAACAGAUGGAAAAAUGGCAAGAGACAGCAGCAAAGUCUUGUAUGGCAAUACUUUGACAAGUUAAAUGAAAAGGAAAUUGAGGUACGGUAAUGGUAGUACAGGUAAUGCUUAACCAUCUGAAAGGGGACGCACCGUGAGACCCAAACCGUUGCUGGCAGCUGCAUUGUGAAUUCACAUGGAAUUGCAGUAUAAACGUAAAAAAUAAAUAUUUGUCACAUUGUCUCUUGUUGUCCAUAUGUUUACCUUGAGAGCUUUCCUUUGCUGUUUUCCCUAACCAGUUUGUCUGCGUUUCCCAGCUCCUGAGGAAGCGGCACAUAGGUAAUGACAUAGUGACCAUCGUAUUCCAGGAGCCCGGGGCUCAACCCUUCACCCCCAAGAACAUACGCUCACACUUUCAACACGUGUUUGUAGUG